UUGUCUAAAAAUCAUAAAUCAAUUUAAGUGUUUUAUAAUUUAUCGAAUUAAUUAAUAAUCUUGAUUAGUAGAACCAUUGUUCUUGGUAAGCUAGCAACUGCGAUUACAGGACUGAAGUAGAUAUAUUGCCAACGAUACGAAAUGUCAAGACAACUAUUUCCUCGUUUAUCAGACGAUCAUUCCGUUGGACAAUUUAGAAUUAAUGGACAAUUAGUGAGGAUGUUGGUGUAUAUUUUGAGUGUAGGCAACAUCACCUUACGUGAUAGGGAAAUCUACUCCGAAAACGAAUUUAUCUCAGAUGAUGAAUCCAUUCAUGCUGAUGCUAAUUCUACACAAACUUGCAGAAAAUUGGACGAUUUGGACGUCUCAUCUGUAGACUACCCUGGAGAGGUUUUAGUAGUUCCCAUAUGGCAGACUGUAGUCGUUGUAACCAUCUACGCGAUUAUAGGCAUUUUUGCCAUAGGCGGGAACGGUAUUAUCAUCAGUAUGUUUUUCAUUCAUAAGUUCCUCCGAACUGCAGCUAACUAUUAUAUCAUCAACCUCGCCCUCGCUGAUUUGUUGGUGGCCAGUCUUGCCAUGUGGAUUAAGCCUGUGGAGGACCUCACCGAUGGUUGGGUUCUUGGAACGUUUGGCUGCAAAUUUAAUAUAUUUAUACAAAUGUCCGGGAUGUGUGCCAGCGUGUUCACACUCUCUGUAAUAUCCGUCGACAGAUUCUUCGCUAUUGUUCUUCCACUUAAGCCCCGCAUAACAAAACACAAGAGAAAGGCGUUAGUACUCAUCACGUCAAUUUGGACGAUGGCAGUUAUUAUAGCAAGCCCGUUGCUGGUAGUUUUCACGUACUACGAGAUCCAAUGGAAGGACUAUACAGAGCGCAUAUGUGAAGACAGGUGGCCCUCCUGUGAAUCAUUCAUUGUUCCCUUGUCUAAAAAGUUUUACUGGAGUUUUGUGAUUGUCGUUUUUGCCUGGGUCCCAAUGGUCUCGAUGUCAGUGCUAUAUGGUGUCAUGGUUCAUAAGCUUACAACGGAUCAGUUAGGGCCAACGUCAAUGCUUUCAAGACAAUCCUUAAUACAAACCAAUGCAAGGAAAAAGAUGGUGCGAAUGUUGAUAGCAGUUCUUGGGAUGUUCGUUCUAUGUUGGCUACCAUAUCAGAUUCUAUGUCUAAUCAACGUCUUCAACAGUGUAAUUGACGAUCAGAAGGUACAAAAGCUUUCGCCGUUCAUAUUUGCAGUCAACACUUUGGCAUUUGCGAAUGGGGCAGUUGACCCAUUGAUAUUUGGUGCGAUGAAUGAGAAUUUCAGACGAGCGUUUCGGGUCACAUUCACUAGAUGCUUGCCACACGAUGCAUGGUCGUUAAAUGAACGUUCAAAUAGAGUGUUUGAUAUCGAUAGUGCAAGGAACAGUACCGUUGCAGAAUCUACUAUCAAUUCCUGAUUAUGGUGCAGCAUUAAGAUACAUGUUAAUAGCAUUUUCUAAACCAUUGUAACAUUGAUUGCUCACAUCCUCUCAC